UGAAUUGAACGGUUUUUCCCUAGGUAGAUCUGUUCAUGGAUCAAACGAUUUUGCUAUAUCUAGAUCUGCAAUCUGUCUGGUCGGAAAAAAUCUUCAGAUCUGCUGAUUUCAGGAUUUUUUUUGAUGUAUUUGUUACGAAUUUCAAUUCAAAUGCAGAUCUUCGUGAAAACCCUAACCGGCAAGACCAUCACCCUCGAGGUGGAAAGCUCGGACACCAUCGACAAUGUUAAGGCCAAGAUCCAGGACAAGGAGGGUAUCCCCUCGGACCAGCAGAGGCUCAUCUUCGCCGGCAAGCAGCUCAAGGACGGCCGAACCCUAGCUGACUACAACAUCCAAAAGGAAUCAACCCUUCACUUGGUGUUGCGUCUCCGUGGUGGGAUGCAGAUCUUUGUGAAAACCCUUACCGGGAAGACCAUCACUUUGCAGGUGGAGAGCUCUGACUCCAUCGAUGACGUCAAGGUGAAAAUUCAAGACAAGGAAGGGAUCCCCCCGGAUCAGCAGAGGCUCAUCUUUGCCAGUCAACAGCUCGACGACGGCUGCUCCCUCGCGGACUACAACAUCCAGAAGGGGUCUAUCCUUCGCGUUGGGAAGCAGAUUUUUGGCAAGACCUUGACUGGGCAGACGAGUUCUGAUACGAGUGAUAAUGACGAGGACAAGAUCCAGGAUAAGGAGGGGAUUCCGGAUCAGCAGAGGUUGAUGUUCUUUGGGAGGGAGCUGAAGGACAAGGAGACUCUGGCUGAUUUCGACAUUCAGGAGGAGUCCACCCUGCACCUUGUCCUCCAUCUCUGUGGUGGGUUCUGAGGGGUUGUCUGGUGGUUCUGUGGUCGCCGUUGGUUAAUGAGUUGUGUUCAUAGUCGCUGUGUCUUGUGAGGUGGUUGGUCUGUGGGUUCGAGGAGUCGUUUAUGGUUUGUGAUCGUAUAGACAAUCCGUUUUCUUUGGUUAUGUGUUGGGUACUAUGGUGAUGAAUGAUCUUAGAGGCCAAUGGCCAUGAGUAGGGCAGCAAAUGAAUAGAGCCGGCUUGAGGACGGCUCAUUCAAACUUGGCUCGGUGUGUAAAUAAACAAGCUCAAGCUGCAUUUUCUA